AUGUGCGGCUCCUGGGCUCGCACGGGUCCUCACUUUUCAGCAUACCACGCUUCAGGACGAAGGAGGGAGGUCGAUCCUACAUCUACUCGCGAGGGAGGGGAGGGCGAAUUGAUGAAGCUGCUGCUCGCAAACGCCGGUAUCAGGCCAGACCCGAGGGAUAACUAUGGUCGGACGCCGUUAUCCUAUGCGGCUAGAGGUGGAUAUGAAGUAGUGGUCAGGCUACUGCUGGACCGACAAGAUGUCGAGGCGGACUCGAACGAUAACGAUGGGUUGACUCCGUUAUCCUAUGCGGCUCGAGGUGGACAUGAAGCGGUGGUCAGGCUACUGCUGGACCGACCAGAUGUCGAGGCGGACUCGAACGAUAACGAUGGGUUGACUCCGUUAUCCCUUGCGGCUGGAGGCGGACAUGAAGCGGUGGUCAGGCUACUGCUGGACCGACAAGAUGUUGAGGCGGACUCGAAGGAUAACUUGGGUCGGACACCGUUGUUAUAUGCGGCCUGGCGCGGACAUGAAGCGGUGGUCAGGCUACUGCUGGACCGACAAGAUGUUGAAGCGGACUCGAAGGCUAACUGGGGUCAGACACCGUUGUCCUUUGCGGCUGGAGGCGGACAUGAAGCGGUGGUCAGGCUAUUGCUAGACCGACAAGAUGUUGAGGCGGACUCGAAGGAUAACCUGGGUCGGACACCGUUGUUAUAUGCGGCCUGGCGCGGACAUGAAGCGGUGGUCAGGCUGCUGCUGGACCGACAAGAUGUUGAAGCGGACUCAAAGGCUAACUGGGGUCGGACACCGUUAUCCUGUGCGGCUGAAGGUGGACAUGAAGCAGUGGUCAGGCUAUUGCUAGACCGACAGGAUAUUGAGGCGGACUCGAAGGAUAACUGUUGA